UGGAAAAGAGGUUAAACAAUACAAGUUAUAUAUAACAAAGCUGAAUAUAGUUGGAAUGACAACUGUUAUACAUCGUACAUCGUUGUUAUUAUCGAAGAAAUGAGAGGUGGCAACUCUAAACACAGUGUAGCGGGGAAGGGAGAAACGACUUUGGAGUCAGUGUGAGUUAGGAGAACAAAUAGUUCAUAGGUGCGGCUCUUUCAACAUCUUUCCUCUAUCCACCUCCAACAUCAAGACGCAUUAUAUGAGGAGGGUGGAGGAAUAUCCAAGGCGGAUUGACUGAGGCUGGAGAAAGACUUAUGUCACCAUGAGUCUAGUCAGUGAAGUGCCGGUAUUAUUCCUCCAUGAUUUAAAGGUGGUUGUGUAGUAGUGGAAUAAAAUUAAGAACGUAAGAAAUAAAGUAUUUAACAAGUGUUAACCAAAGAAAGAGUUAAGUUUGACACUUGUACUCAUGUGAAAUGUCGAAGUGAGUAUAAUCAGCUAAGGAAAAACAACACUUCAAAAUGUCAGACAGUAUGGGCGACGAGGAACAAUUCCGCAUGAGCCACGCAGGGCUGCUGGCGAGGAGCGCUGAGGGACACGCCGCCAAGGGCAUGCGGAUCAAGGAUCAGGAGGACAUGUGGGUGGAGAUCCAGCACCACACAUUCAGAAACUGGGUCAACGUUCAGCUCCGGGAUACAGGUCUUAAAGUAGACAACCUCUCCGAGGACCUGAGGGACGGCCUGGCCCUCGUCACCCUGGUGGAGGUGCUGCAGAAGAGGCGCCUUCGGAAAGUGAAGCGGGUAAUGAACCAGCAUCAGGCUUUGGAGAACGUCACCACCGCUCUCAAUGCCAUCGCCGAAGACGGCAUCAAGCUGGUCAACAUAGGAAACGUGGACAUCGUGAAUGGGAACCUGAAGUUGAUCCUCGGCCUCAUCUGGUCCCUCAUCAUGCACUACCAGAUCGGACAGUCCAAGUUCCCUCCCAAGAAGCUGAUGCUGACCUGGCUGAGGGCCGUCCUCCCAGACUGCCGCAUCCAGAAUUUCACUUCGGACUGGAACAGCGGUGUGUACCUGAGUGCCCUGUUGGACUAUUGCAAGCCCGGACUCUUCACCACGUGGAAGAAUCUAAACCCAAGGAAUUCAAUUCCCAAUUGCAAACAAGCCAUGGAGAUCGCAAAAGCAGAAUUCAACAUCCCCAUGAUUCUUGAGCCAGAGAUUCUAGCCUCCCCAUACUUGGACGAGUUGUCUGGCAUGACCUAUCUGUCUUACUUUAUGAAGGAAGGGGGGCCAGGCUACAAGGCAACGCUCGACUGGGUUAGACAGCAGCUUCCCAAUAGGAAAAUUAAUAACUUCACGACGGACUGGAACGACGGAAUGAACCUAACAACGUUGGUGAAGCAGUUAGGAGGUCCGGUGCCAGGAUUCAAGAGGCUACGACCCGAUCCGGACAGUUGGGAAUCUAAUUUACAGUUGGGAAUCGACGGCGGCCGGAAGCUCGGCGUGGAGCCCGUGCUGUCGGCCGGCGAGAUGUCCCGGCCCGACGUCGAGUCCUUGGCUAACAUGGGCUACAUUGCCUACUACCAGUGGGUGAGGCCCCGCCAGUCCCCCGCUGAUUCCAUGGUCGUCAAGUGCGACCUCGAUAACGUUCGCGUCAAUAAUCCGGUGCCGUUCAAGAUCGAUUUCCUGACAAAGGAAGUGGUAUUGAGUGAGAUUAAAGUUCAGGUGCAGGGACCUACAGGGCCUGUCAGGGUCGACCUCGACCUCAGCCCAAGAGGAGGCAAGGGAGUUUUCGUGCCCGACGAAGUAGGCAUCUAUGAGCUGACGGUACUCAGUGAGGACGAAGUGGUCGAGGGCUGCCCUGUGAAAGUGAGGGCUCUCCCUGACGUCUCCAAGAUCAUGUUCUCGGGCAUCGAUCCCUGCGCUCUUGGGUCCAUCGUCGAAGUCGUGAUUAACAGUAAUGGUGUGGGCGGAGGUGAUAUCGACGUGACAGCGUACUCGCCGACCGGCCGUGGACUUGUUUGUCCCGUGAAGGUGGAAGACGGCGUGUACGCGGCCACUUUCCAGCCGGACGAGGCGGGCGAGUGGUCCAUCGCCGUGACGUAUGACGAGGAACACAUCCAGGGAUCGCCCUUUACCUGUCACGUGUACGAUCCACAUGCUCUCAAGAUACGAGAGCUUGACAAAGGCCCAGUCUCUGUGCCAGGAAGACCCAUCACUUUCGUUGUAGACGCCACCAGGUGCGGGUGGGGCGACGCCACAGUGGACGUAACCCAAGGCGGCAGGUCUUUACCCUCGAGGUCGCUCGAAAUCGAUCGAGGACUCUACGAGGUCACCUUCACUCCCCUUGAAGCCGCCAAGCACAAGAUCUACGUCUAUUUCAACGGGCACGAGGUUAAAGGGUCUCCAUUCUCUCUGUACCUGGGGAUCGAGAGGCCUCCGGACAGGAAGGACUCCAAGUCGAAAAAGAAAACGUCCAGCAAGGAAAAGAAGACAUCAAAG